CGUAGUAUUAGUCGCAUUGCAUUCUGGUACUAGUAGUGUGUUUCUGAUCUCCCUCUAUUGUGGUCGCUGCAGAGCUCCUCCGUACUAUGAUGUCUGCGGGCAGCUCAGGGUCUCACACAGCGGAAAAUGGAACCGGAGGAAACAAGAGGACACCGUGUCCGUUCCACGGCUGUAAGCGGGUGUAUUCAGACGGCAGCGCUCUGCAAACACACAUCAACGACCAUGAGAUCUCCGCCCAGUCUCUUCCUGGAAAGGUCUUGCUCUGCUCUACGGUCGGCUGCAGUGGUUCUUUCCCCAACAUGCUGAAACUGAUGGAACACAUGAGGCAUCAUCACAAACCCAACAUAUUCUUCCUGUGUGAGAGCUGUCGCACAAAGUUGCGAUCCUACCGUGGCCUCCUGACUCACCUGCACACCUGUUCCAAAGUGCCACGGGGCAAAACAAAGCCCACUGAACUGACUGCCCCUGUGCCUGCCGCUGUGACCAACCCAAACAUGACCCCCAUGGACAUGGACCAGAACCCCCCACAGCUGGACUCGGUGUCUACACCCCCGCAACUACCCUUUCAGAACCCAGACGGUUCCUUGUCUGCUGCCGUUCUUCAGCCAGACUCUGCUGCUCCUCCUGUCCUCGGUCCCCCCUUCUUGCCUAACCCGGAGACCUCCCCUCCCCAGUUUGGUCCUCAACAGCUCACAGAGGCAGCUCCCCAGCCUAAGCUCAGGAAUGAAGCCUCUGACCUGCCUAUAUCUCUGAACCUAAUUGGCCCAACAGCAGCUCCUGACCCCUCUGAUGCCCAGGGUCAGCACCAGACACUGACCAGGUCUCCUGAGCCCAUUUACCCUGGUCCAGGAUCAGCUCCUCAGUCUCAUCCUGGGUCCUCGGCUGUCUGGAAGAAGAAUCAAGGUAUGGCCUGCAACAGACGCAUCCUUUGGGAGCACACUAGAGGGCGCUACACAUGUGUGCAGUGUGGCCACUCAGUAACCAACCGCAAAGAAAUGACUCAACACAUCAGCAGUUAUCACAGUGGUAACAAACCUGCAGAAGACGCAGGGAGCUCUGCCACGAACACAUAGUGUAGAAGAAGACUUGCACACUGUACCACAUGCUCUUUGUUGUCUUCAAGAACUGAUGGAACACUGAGAGUGAGGUUCCUGUACAAUAGACCGUUAUUCUGAGUGAAGAGAUCUGAUCAUUUGUUAGUGUGCUUCAAAUUUUUUUCCAUUACUUUGUCUAUUUAUAAAGCACUUAACUCAGCUCCCAGGCACACAAGGGCAUCUGAUAUUUAAUCAAAUGUGUCAUCCACACUAACAUUAGAAGAGACUAUGGAUGCCAUUUUCCAUACAUUCGAAGCUUUUAUCAAGGUUUUUGAAUGAAAGUGUUGCUUGGAUGACCAAACCUGUACCUGGUUAGUCCAGACAAAUCGGAUUUAUCAGUAGAUACACUAACUGUCAGGUGUGCUGGAUCCCAGUCUGUUCCCUGUCUUUGUGUGUCAAUUUGGUCAAAACAUUUGAACUUUUCAGCAACUCAAGUUAUGGAUUACAUGAGGGCACUGAAAAGGCCGAAUGCUAACAAAUAUAAAUAUAUUCCGUUUUGUAAAAUAUAAAAUUCCUGAUUUCCAGGAUUUUUCAUGGUGUUUGGAGCAAUCAGCCAGUGCAGAACCAAAUGUUUGGCAGUGUGUGUGAGCGAAGUACAACGUGUGACUAAACGCACACUCCUGCGCAGAGCUGCCUCCACACCUCCACACCACAGGCUGCAAAACAGCUGACAGCAACUGAAUAACAUUGCAGUUUUAGCAAGUGCUAUGCAUUCAACUUGUCUGGAAUCAUUUAGCAAAAUAAUAGUAGAAAUACCAAUUCCAAAAAUGAACAGUCAUGCCGUGUAUCAUUCGAGUGUCGAUUUAGAAUUCAAAUGUCAACACUAUCAAUGAAGCUUUGAAUUAUUCGGUACAGCCCUAAUUAAUUAAUUAAUAAGGACACGCUGUAUGAAGUUGUUGCUGUCAGAUGUUUGACCUGCAAAUUCCAGGUGGAAACUGUUUUGUAUGCUAAUAAUGUGAGUUCACUUAAUGCCAUCAGGGCCUCUCUCAGCUGACAGCUGUGAAUCAAUUGUAUGGUGAAAUGUUUGAAACAGAUUUUCACUGCAUUAGAAACUGUGCUGUAACUCUGUUCUCCAUAGAAAAUGCCACUGCUACCGUAGCUCUGGGUGCUAUGUAGUAGGUUGUGCAUUGGACACAAACAACCUGUGUCAAAGUUGUAUUCGCCGCACAUGGAUAACACGUGUUUGAACUGCUGCAGAUGCUUCACUUGUGUAAACCUGCGUCUUCAGUUUUAUUUUCCUUUAGAACAAUGUUGUAGAAUGAAGUUUAGAUAUAGUUCCCUUUAAGCUACUGCCAACAGUCAUAAAAUAAAAAUAAUUUGAAUUAAA